GUCCGCUAAUGUGGUUUCACUACAGCGUAUUACCGAUGAUUCAUUGUGUUAUUGUUGAGUUAACGUGCUUGGUACACUGAAGCAAGUAAGAAAUUCUUUGUUCGGGUCUUGGAGCCUGAUACAAUUAAACACCUUUAACUCUUGAAUCUUGACCAUAUAAACAUUAUACUUUAUCUAAUUUUCAUUGAGUGAUAAACAGUUCAGUCAGCAGCACAUGAUAUAGCGCAAUUAACCACUUGCUAAAUAAUACAAAUACAGUCUCAGGAAGCAAAAAUAGUCAUAAAUAGUAGAGAGGUGUUGCACAGAACAGGCCCUUCGGCCCACUGAGUCUGUGCUAACCAUCAACCACCAAGGAGUGUACGAUAGAACUAGUGUACGAGGUGAUUGCUGGUCGGCAGGGACAUGAUGAUGGCAAUAAAUCCUGUUUCCACAGUGUAUCUCUAAACCAAACUAAACUAGACUGGACUAGACUGGACUAAACUAACCACCCAUUUACAUUAAUACUGAGUUAAUCCUAUUUUUUAUUCCAUCCACCACCCCAUCAAUUCCGCCCCGAUUCCACCUCUCACCAAGCAGUGGGGGUAAUAUAUUGAUAGACCUGCAUUUCUUUAAGUUGUUUAUAACAGGUUAAGGUGCCUUUAUCCCAAACCUUUAUCAAGGGUGUUGAAGAAUGGGGCCUGAUCCUGAUCCUGAUCCACUAAGUUACUCUAGCACUUUGUGUCUAUUUCUAUCCCAGUGUUACCUGAGCUACUCCAUCACAGUGGUGAGCUUCUAUCUCACAGCGCUAGGGACCCGGGCUAUGGGUGCUGUCAGUGCGAAGUUUGUAUAUUCUCCCUGUGACCGUGUGGGUUUCCUCCGGGUGCUCCGGUUUCCUUCCACAUUCCAAAGACGUGCGGGUUUCUAGGUUAAUUGGCCUGCGUAAAUUGUCCCUCUUGUGCAGGACAGAAAUACUUGCAUGGGUGAUCGAUGGUCGGUGUGGACUCGCUGGGCCGAUGGGCCUGUUUCCCAGCUGUAUCUCUAAACUAAACUGAAGGUAGAGCAAUGGGGAAGAUACAGAGUGCAGAAUAUAGUUCUCACCAUCAGUUUAGAAGACUAACUAAAUCUGUUGCACUGUGUUCGCCCAUAAAAAUGGCUCCUGUGUCAUUAGUAGCAACGGAAACACCAUCUCUGAGACGUGUUUGCCUCCUUCAUGGGAGAGAGAGCUACGGGCCAUGUGGUGUUGAAGCUUUUUUGUGUGACGUGCUGAGAGUUUGUGAUGUUUCGCGCCUAAUUUUAAAAUCUAUGUUUCUAGAUUUUCAGCCAGUGGAGAGCAGUUCAUUUGAGAUGAGAACACAGAAACCAGUUGCCCACUUCACUGCCUUUGCAGGUUCGUAUUCAGACGUCAUUUAUUGCUUGUGUGCUUCUAGGUCAAAUACUGGAGGGCAUAGGUUUAAGGUGAGAGGAGGAAAGUCUAAAGGAGAUUUAGAGUCAUAGAGUUAUACAACGGGCAAACAGGCCCUUUGGCCCAACUUUCUGACCCGCUGAGUAAUUAACUUACUUGUAAGUUUGACCCACUUGGCAGCUUGGUCUAUACUUGUCUCUUCCCAUUUGUGCAAGGCAGAUGUUUAUAGAUGUAGACUCAGGAAACAAACUGAGACAAUGAUAUAUUUUACUGAUAAACGUCACACUCGGAGCUCUAAGAGUCAAGAGUCAACUGAAGGCAACUGAAUCAUCCUACCACAACGAGAGAGCAGUCCUGAACUAUUAUCUACCUCAUUGGGGACCCUCGGACUAUCUUUGACUGGACUUUGCAGGCUUUACCUUUCACUGAAGGCUAUUUCCUUAUCAUGUAUUUAUUCAAUGUAAAUGGCUCGAUUGUAAUCAAUGUACAGUCUUUCCGCUGACUGGUUAGCGUUCGAUAGAAAGUUUUUCGCUGUACCUCGGGAAAAACAUGAUGGUAAACUAAACUGAACUGAUCAUCUGCCUGUUCUCCCCCUGACAGGUCUCCAGAACUCCACCAGCCUGCUCCUCGAGACGUCCCUUGGGCAUGCCUUUGGCAUGGCGGGCAUGAGUUCGGACAAGGGUAGCUACCUGGUCAUCCCCACCAGUGGCGUCUACUUCGUUUACUCCCAGGUGACCUACGCCUGCCUGCACGGCUGCCUCACCCACGCUUACCAGUUCUCCGCCUCGGUGUCGAAGAAGACCAGGCAUUACCCGGAACCGGAGACACUGAUGAAGGGUUACACCAGCCCCCUGGCCAAGAUGGACACCUUCCUGAAGAUCUCCAUCUACCAGGCCGGAGCUUUCAAGCUCUCCGCCGGGGACCGCAUUUACGUCGAAGUUCCCAAAACUCUGAUCAAGAACGUCACGAUCAAUGAAGGUGAAACUUAUUUUGGAGCCUUUCUGCUCGAGCAUUCUGCCGUGCAGUAAGUUACCAAAGAGUUGUUACAACCUCGGAGGAGGUCGUUCAGCCCGUGCUGGCUCCUGGUGGAGCAAUCUCAUCCAAUACCACCCCCUUCCUGUCAUGGCACUGCCCUACAAAUGAUGCUCUCUCCACUGUUGUCCAGUUCACUUUUGAAGACCCUGAUCAUUUCAGCUGCUUCGCCCUGUCGAUUUUCUGGAUAAAAGAUCCAUCCCAUAUCCUUUGUCCAGACCAUUAACGACGUGACCCUGGUCCUUAAACAAACCUCUGGUGGGAACAGUUUGCUGCUAUCCUUCCUGCCUCAACAAGAUCACUAUCAAACCUCCCCUCAACUUUUGGUUGCUGGGAAAAUAAAAACCCAAAUCCAACUGCACAGCUAUAACCCUCAUCCCUGGAGAAGUUGGUAAACGUUUUUGCUGAACCUUUCCCAUCUUUCCUGAAGUCUUGAGGAGCUGGGAACAACAUUUGUACUACAGCCUGU